AUGGCUCCAAAUUACAGUUCAUAAAUGUAAGGAUAACUAAUUAAAAACCAUAAUUCAGCAUUUCUGUAAAUCAUGUUCAUCAAUAUUUUAUUAAUUAUUUUAUUAUUCCGAUGCUUUCUUAUCAUAAUUUAGCCCAAAGUGAUUAUCAAAAGGAAAAGGAUAUUCCAGUUACAAACCCCUUACACAAACCGAAACAAAACAGCCUCAAUAUCUUAACCUCUCCUGUGCCUCACCCCUUCAACACAUUGCUCCCAUCCAAUCUGUAAUCUUGAUUUUCUUAGUUUCUAUAGUCUAUAACACCAACCACUUGAUAAUGAUCGACAAUCGUAAACAUAUAAUCAUUCUUAGAUAGAGGUCCAAUCUCUCCCAAAAAGAUCAAUCCUAUAGCUACAUCCCUAUCUUAACCAAUCCUCAUGAACAAAUGCUGCUAGAGUAAUAGCAACAUCUGAUGGAUCAAGGUGAAGAUCUAAAGUAAUGAAUCAUUCCACUUUUAUUAAGAUCCCAAAACAAGAAAUUGGUAUUCGAGAACAAUUCACUAAAAAAAUUGGUGGAGCAGCUCUCCUUAGAAUUGUACAUAUAUGUAUCUAACUACUCUAGGCAGUCUUAUAGGAUCCAGAAAUCAUAGGAACUAGAAAUGAAAGCUAAAAUAGACUAUUAGGAAGAAAUGAUUGUCAAACUUAAAUCGGAAGUCAGAAGAAAAGCAGAUCUUAUAUAAGAGAACUAAUUUAAGGUAAAUGAAUUGGACCGUUUACAAAACAAAUUAGAAGAGUAUUCGGGCUUAACUAAGAAAUAUUAAGAAUAGGUCAUAUUAAUUUAAUAACUGAAAGAAUAAGCUCAAGAUCUAAAUAGGGAAUUAAUUCAAUAUCAAAGCACUGAAAAUGAGAAUCACAAUCUAAAGGAAUACAUAGAAGCAUAUAAACAAUAAAUAAGAGACAAAGAUGUUAAAAUAUAACAACAAAGGGAGCAAUAGGAAUAAUUGUUUUCAGAUAAUAAAAAAAUGAAAUCUACUUUAGAUGUCCUUAACUUUGAGUUCAAAAAAGCACAAGAUGGUUAUAAUGAAUCCUUGCACAGAGCUACCAUUUAAAAUACAGAAUUGCAAGGAUAACUAAGUUUACUCCAAAAAAAUUUAACCAAUCAAACUCAUCAAAUUGAAUUACAAAAAUAAUAGGUAAAAUAACUAGAACUCAAAGAAAAGGAAUUAUACACUACCAAAAAUCAAUACUUAAAAUUAGACGAAAAGUUUUAAGCCUAAACACAAUAAACCAUUAAAUGUAAUACUUAUAUCUUGAUAUUUAGAAACUAAAGAAAUUGAUAAACUUCAUAUGACCUUAAAAAAUGGCAAAUAAGAAUACUUGAAUUUACAAUAAAAAUUAAUGCAUUUAGAAUAAGAAAAUAAGAGAUUAUCUGAAUAGUCUCUGCAAUUAUCCAAAUCUAAAAAUUAACUUGAAUUACAAUGCUAAUAAUUAGAUUAAGAAUUAAUUAAAAAACAAGGAACCUUAGACACUCUCUAAUUAAAGUAAAUGGAAUUGAAAUCUAAUUUUGAAAAGUGUUAAGGAUAGAUGCAAGGAUUAGAAAACGAACUCAAAAAGAAAGAUACUAUCAUACUCAAUUUGGAAUAAUAGCUUUAAGCAUAAAAAGGAUAACUAGAAUAAAUUACACAUAUUGAUACAUAAAACAAAAGUGAAAUUAAUCAUAAUUUUGCAAAAAUGAAGGAAAUGCACAAUGAUCUUAUCUUGUAUGAAAAAUAAGUAAAGUAAAUCAAUUCAGGUAAUAAUAAUCUUAUGAUUUAAAGAAAAUUAUUAACUCAAAUAAUAAAAUUAGAUCAUAAUUGAGAGAAAUGCCUAAUAAGAAAACGAAAUGAAAAAGAUGAGAGUAAUCUAUCAUAUUUUAAUUUAGGAAUAAAUAAUGCAUUAGGAUAAUCGUAUAAGAUACUUAGAAAAUGAAAUCCAUAACUAAUCUUUUUAAUAAAAAUUGACUACAGCAAGACCUAUUUAAUCUUAAGAAAAAGGAUUCCAAAAUCAAUAUCCUUCUUCUCAACAAAAUACCCUUCAAGGAUCCUUUAAUAAUCAAUUCAAUUAAUAUAAAUGA